AUGACCUGGGUAUCCGUGGCUUUGUGUAGCGCUCUGCUUUUGCAAGCGUUGCCUUCAAGUGCAGCAAGUUUUAUUUCUUCGAAUCGACGGCUGCCCGGGCCCAGCUCUGUGCAGUCGAUUCCACCUCCAGGAUACUCUGCGUCAAGAACUACUCAACCUGUAGUUCCUGUUGCCGCUGGUUCCUCGACGACAUCCAAAGCCCCGGGGCAGAAUCGCAGCACGGGUACAAAAUCGCCCUCUGCAAUCCCCGUGGCAAAUUCCCAAAGGCUAGUGAAUUCGGAGUAUUUAUCUAGGGGCUUUUCCAGCUCUUCAGAAUCUCCUGCAAAUCCUCCUAUCACAGAUAAUGCGUCGUCCUCAUCGUCCCCGGGCCGUUCUUCCGCAGGCGGUGCAAACAGCCCCUCCGCAGACAAUACGUCGUCUGCACUCUCAUCGGGUUCAUCUUCAGGUUAUUCAUCGAAUAGGCCUGCUACGGGCAAUGCAUCCAACUCCUCUUGGGGCAACUCAGCAGCUCCAACCGGGAGCCCAGGUUCGCUCACGCCCGCCUCAGAGUCUGUCGCAUCAACUACUGUGACCGCGACCUCGGUUUCAAUCGAUACACUAUCUACACCAACGGAUAGCUCCGCCAAGGGAGUGGUCAGCAACCCCCAGGACUCCUCGGAAUCGGUGACCUUCGUCAAGCAAGAUAUCCCGUCGGAUCUGAAAGGUCACCUGCCGUCCGUCCCAGAAGGCAGUCUGCUCCCGAUGACCUUGAACAUUGGAGGUGUUCAAACCCCGGUGGUAGUUGACUCGACAGGUGGUAUGGUGAUUCCUCUGGGUGACGUGCCAGCCUGGUUGACGCCAGACCUUUUCCCUGCACCUGAUAAAAUUUCGAAAAUGGAUGAUGGCAAAGAUGACGAUGAGAAAGGCGAUGAUGACCCGUCCUCUUCACAUUCAUCUUCCCCAUCCUCUGCUUUGUUGUCUUCUAAAUCGUCCGCAUCUUCGUCGUGGUCUUCCUCGCCACCCCUGUCUCAGUCUCCGUCACAGACGUCGGCAUCAUCAUCUUUUUCUAGCCAGUCAAGGAGUCGUUCCGCGAAGACGUCUAUCUCCAUUACAAUCACCUACGAUGUUGGCACUUUGACUGCUAAUACUGUCGGCGGUUUGACGACCAAUCCACCUUUAUCUGGGUCUCUCCCUGUGUCCGCCAAGCUAAGUAAAUCCUCCACGCGGGUCAAGGAUACGCCAACCACCUCACCAUUACCUACCCCUUCAAGCUCUUUUUCAGCUUCCUCUAUGUCGUCGGCAGCAUCUUCGGCCUCAUCAUCCUCUUUUGCCUCCAGUCCGACUCUGAACUGCCAGCAGAACAUCCCAACAGAUGGACCACUGCCAUCUGACGUGGUGAAUGCGCUCAACGCGAAAAACACCCUCCGAUAUGCCUGCAAUGGAACUUUCAACAGUGGCUCCGGCGACUCCACCCACCAGGUGUUCAGUCAUGGCGACUUGGCAGUCACCGUUAUCCGAAGCAGCAGUGCCGUAGCCCUGACCCACUGCAAGAAGGCCUUCCAAGCCAUCCAGGAUACCUGUAUCAACCAGAAUCGAAACUACGGUGGUACCUACACCCAAGGCGACCAGACCUAUAUCAUUGAGAAUGGCAAAUACCCCGAAAACCCACUUAUCCUCGGCGAAGACAAUGGUGCGACUACGCCUACACCCAAGGCACCACCCAUGCCACACGAGACCGACGGCAACAACAAGGGUUCUUCGCUCUGCAAGAAUCUCUCGGGGGCUUGUAAACGGGCAUAUCGGCAGUAUGUGGAUGACUUCCUGUACAAGGGCGAAACAUCCUACGUCGCCUCGGCCGGCGACGCCGACCCUGUCAAUUGGCUGCCUUUCGCAAACAAUGGCUGCACCGCGAUGUUCCGUGUUGAGAAUAUGUACCAGACUGAUCAUGUUGAAGAGUGCGGCUCGACUUACCUUGAUAAUGGGUGUCAUAUCACCUUGAACGGGUGUCAGGAUUGCAGGAGUCGUAUUCCCUGCGAUGUUAUUCCGGAGGGAGGCACUCGCUAUGGCUGCUAUCAUUGA